GGAUCAACUAUAUUAUCCGUAGCGUUCAUUCUAUACACCACUAUAGGAUCAAUACAAACCUCGAACGAAGCCGGGGGAUAUCCCCAAAGCCACUGGCCUUCACAUAUUAGAGGGGGCAUCUAGGGAGUUUGGACGGUUGUCAUGUCUUCGGCACGAACAGUUAUGAACCUGGAGGACGUGAUGAAUGAAGAGCAAAGGACAAGCGAAUGUGAAACAUUCAAUCCACUGGGAGACGCAUCCGAUUCAUCAUCGCCUCCGCCCACCUCCAUAUCUAGUCACACACAGACAACUAAUACAAGCAACACAACACCACCCUCGACUCCUCCGAGAGGCCGUUCAGCCUCCCGUUAUCCCUCAUCUCUCGGGCGCGUUCCUCUACAUCGUCGAGGCACAUCAAAGACAUACGAACGAUUGGAGGAUCUACUGCGUGAAGCUGGAUAUAAAGAAACGCGCGUAUUCACUCCAGAGGCUGAACGCCUAGAAUCUGAGUGUGCCAACCGGGAACGCGGUGCAAGCGGCACCGUGAGAGGUGGUGUAGGUGCUGUUGUAGGAUUCAUAGCAGGUCUUGUGAGCAGGAAUACCAGUCUCGCACGGGAAGCAAUAUCGCCCCCUUCACAAGCUCGAGAUGCACAAGAUUGGUCACCUCCCCCACAUAACGGCAGGCAUUUGAAUAUACACUCCCCUGCGGC